CUUGACCAUCAAUUUCCAAUAUUCUCCCCAGGCGCGGAAGUGACCCCGCCGUGGGAUACUAUACGCCACGUCCUCUCUCCACCCCGCUUAGAAAUGCAUGCAUGGCCUCAAUGCUCAAAUACAGCCCGAUCGACCCUUCGCCGGCUAUACAGCAUUCAAGAGCACAGCUAGAAUCAUUCCAGCAACCUACACACCAUGAACACAGCCAACAAAGUCUUCAUCAUCGGCCCGGGCUUCAUCGGUUGGAACGUCCUGGAGCUCCUGGUCGGAGAGGGCUACACAGUCACCGGCCUCGUUCGACGGGACAAGCAUGCCGAGCAGAUCAGGACGUCGGGUGCGCUGGCUGUGAAGGGCGAUCUCAACGACCAUGGCUUGAUUGUCAAGCAUGUGCUCGAACACGACAUUAUCAUUCACACCGCAACCGCCGACCACCUGCCUUCUGUGGAGGCCGUCCUAGACGGCAUCAAACAGCGCGCUGCCGCCUCCAAGUCCACAAUCUUCAUCCACACCUCCGGCACCUCCGUCCUCGACGAUGACGCCUUCGGGGCCUACAAAUCCGACAAGAUAUACUACGACAACGACCCGGAGAGCAUCAACAAGCUUCCCGACACCGCACCCCACCGCCAAAUCGACCUCGCCAUCGUGCGCGCCUCCAAGGAGCUCGGCGACAAAGCGAAACUGGCCAUCAUGAUACCUCCCGAGAUCUACGGUUUCAAUCCGCAGCACAGGAGGCUUACUAUUCAGGUCCCCACUGUUGCAAGGUUUGCGCUGAAGCACGGGUUCGCAGGGCAUGUUGGCAAGGGACUGAGCGUGGAAAGCCAGAUCCAUGUACUGGAUCUUGCGCGGGCGUACAUCGUCUUGCUGCACCACAUGGAGGAGUCGCCGGCUUCGGUAUUAUUGCAGAACCCCUAUUUCUUCUGCGAGAACGGGAAGGAGUUCAGUUGGCGCGAAGUUGCCGAGCAGGUGGGCAAGUCGCUGAAGGAUAGGGGCCUCCUGGAGAACGCCGAGCCCAAGGAAUAUAGCGAGGAGGACUGGGAAGAGCUAUUUGGGGAAUAUACGGGGGCGGUGAUUGGACUGAAUAGUCGGAGUCGGGCGGUGAGGUUAAGAGAACUGGGUUGGGAAGCCAAAGAAAAAGGUAUCUGGGAGAGUUGGGUCGAGGACGAACUACCUGAGCUGCUCAAGGAAGAGGGGCUGGGUAAGGCGAGCCGGUAUGCGGGGACUGUGGCGUCUUAAGCACAAUGAGAUGGUAUCAAGUCAAUGGUCGAGGAUGAUACGCUGAAGGUAUUGCAUAUCUGGGGUUAACAACCGGACUCAGACAAUUAGCGCAACGUCAUGCAGUACCAGAAGUAUUGC